AUGGGAAAAAAGCCAGAAAACGCACUCCAAGCAAUGACAGUUUGCAAUAAAGAAAUGUACCCAAGUGUCUUCAAACUCCUUCAGAUCGUUGCUACUAUACCAGUUUCCACUGCAUCAAAUGAGCGCUCCUUUUCAAAUUUGAAAAGAAUCAAAAUAUAUCUACGAAAAUCUAUGACCGAGGCUAGACUAAACGGCUUGGCAAUGAUGUCGAUUCAUAGGGAUGAGCAAUGCUUAACAGUUGACGCAGUCUUGGCAGAACUAGGCAAAACUAAAAGAAGAUUAGAAUUUAUUUUGUAA